UUUAUUUAAAUUGUUGCAAUAAAUCAUCAACCUCAAAUAUUAUUUUCACCUUAAAAUAUUAUUUUUCUACCAAAUUUAAACUAAUGCUUAGACACAAAAUGGAACAUUAUUCACUUGACCGCCAUAUUGAUUCAGAUACUAGAUUUUCUAGAGGAAUGUGGGAGUUGAAACAUGGUGUUAAAAUUAAAUGGGCCACAGAAGUUGUGAAAAGUGAAAUUCAGGAUGGUAAUUCAAUUUAUAAUGUUGCUUCAACGUCUAAGAUUUAUCUGCGUGGAGAUACAUUGAAUGUUCCUACAAUCACUAUAAAAUUGACUUCACCUAGUGAAGGUAUUAUUGGAUUUGAAGCAUAUCAUCAUAUAUCAACUUAUAAAAACAGUAAGGAACCAGAAAUUAAAUUGAAUAAAGAUUCAUAUUCACCAAAAGUAGUGAAUGACGAUGAUUUUUCGAAUCUAAAUGCAGGUGAUGGUGCGGUUGCAAAAUUAGAAAAAAAUCCCUUUUCAGUGGAAUUUUUAGGUGAAGAUAAAUUGUUGACUAAAUUAGGUAGAAAUUCACUUGGAUGGGUUGAAGAUAGAAGAUAUCUCAACGUUAAUUCUCAAGCCGAGAAAGCAGUUACGUAUAUGACUUUUCAAUUACAUUUAUCAGUUGGAGAGAAAUUGUUUGGAUUAGGUGAAAGAUUUGGACCAUUUUUGAAAAAUGGGCAAAGAGUUCAAAUGUGGAAUGAAGAUGGUGGUACUUCUAGUGAAUGGACAUAUAAAAAUAUUCCAUUUUAUAUCUCUUCUAGGGGAUACGGGAUCUAUGUUGAUCUGGUUUCUAAUGUUAUAUUUGAAUUACAGUCCGAAAGAACGAAUAGAGUUAAUAUUGCUGUUCCAGGUGAAGGUGUUAGGUUUUAUAUAAUUAAAGGACCAGAUCCUAAAACAAUUUUGAACAGAUUUACACAAUUAACUGGUCGUCCAUCAUUACCACCUGCAUGGACAUUUGGACUUUGGUUAACUACAUCAUUUACUACCAACUAUGAUAUUGAUACUGUUAGUUCAUUCUUAGAUGGAAUGAAAGAAAGAGAUAUUCCAUUAUCUACAUUCCAUUUCGAUUGCUUCUGGAUGAAAGGCUUUCAAUGGUGUGACUUUGAAUUUGACCCAGAAUAUUUCCCAAAUGCAACCAAAAUGUUAAAACAAUUAAAAGAAAAAUAUAACAUUAAGAUAUGUGUUUGGAUUAAUUCAUAUAUAGGUCAAGAAUCAAAAUUGUUCAAAGAAGCCGAUGAGAAUCAUUACUUGAUUAGAUACAAGUCAACAGUCAAUGGUGGUGGAUCAUAUCAAACAGACUUAUGGCAAGCUGGUAUGGGCAUUGUUGAUUUCACAAAUCCUAAUGCAGUUAGAUGGUAUCAAGAUAAGCUCGCACUGUUAAUUGAUAUUGGUGUAGAUUGUUUUAAAACUGAUUUUGGAGAAAGAAUUCCUGUUAAAGAUAUUGAAUAUUAUGAUGGAUCUGAUCCUAUUGCAAUGCAUAAUUAUUAUACUUUAUUAUAUAACAAAUGCGUAUUUGAAAUUCUUGAAAAAAAAUUAGGAGUUCAUAAAGCUUGCUUAUUUGCUAGAUCUGCUACUGUUGGUGGCCAAAAAUACCCUGUUCAUUGGGGAGGAGAUUGUGAAUCUUCUUUUGAAGCCAUGGCAGAUUCAUUGAGAGGUGGUUUAAGUUUAACAUUAUGUGGCUAUGGAUAUUGGUCUCACGAUAUUGGAGGAUUUGAAGGACAGCCAUUACCUUCUGUUUAUAAAAGAUGGUGCGCUUUUGGUUUAUUAAGUUCUCAUUCAAGAUUACAUGGUAGUGGAUCAUAUAGAGUUCCUUGGAACUUUGAUGAUGAGUCUAGUGUUGUUUUGGCCAAAUUCACAAAAUUAAAGCUAUCCUUAAUGCCAUAUAUUUAUAGAUUUGCAAUUGAUGCACAUAAUAGUGGUAUUCCAGUUAUGCGUGCUUUCUUAUUAGAAUUCCCAUCGGAUCCAAAUGCUAUUGUGGUAGAUACCGAGUAUAUGUUAGGUGAUUCAUUGCUUGUUGCUCCAGUAUUCAAUGCAGAGGGUGAUAUUGAGUAUUAUUUACCUAAAGGUGAAUGGUAUGGGUUAUUAGAUGGUAAAGUUAGAAGCUCCACUGGUGAAUGGUUCAAUGAAAUUCAUGAUUUUAAAUCAUUACCAUUGUUAGUUAAAUCCAAUUCAAUUAUUGUAACUUCGGGUCCCAACGCAAAGAAUGAUGAUCCAGUAUAUGACUGGAAUAAUCAAUUUAUGAUUAACAUCUUCAAUGUUGCUGAAAUUGAGACCAAAAUUCCAAAUUCAAAAGGCGAAUUUACAACUUUUAUCAAGAGUAAAGAUGUUGAUGGCACAAUCACAGUUGAAGUAAAAGGAUCAUCUAAUUACUAUAUUAAAUUAUUGAAUAAGAAGGAUGUUACCAUUAACGGAAAUGCUAAAUUGUAUCAAUUAGACGAAUUUGGCAAUUCUAUAUUUGAAGUGAAGGGUAGUUCCACCAGUUUUACCUACAAGUGAGGG